AUGAUUCCUUUGAAUUAUGUUUUGUUAGACAAAGCUUGUGAAACUAAAUCGAUUUCUCGUUUCGCUCUUCUCUUCAUCGAUUUAUUUUGGGAAUUUGGUUUCAACAUCGGAACGAAAGACAUAAGCGAUAUUUUAUUUCAACAUUUCACUGCACAAUCUCACAUAAAUAUCUUGACACAAUUCACCAAAAAUGGGAAAUGGUCAAACGAAACGAUUCGUGCAUGUUGCAAUGAAGUAAAUAAAGAGUUUUUGCUGAGUAGUUUAAUGCUACUUGAUUGGCCGUUACCGGAUUUUGAGACUCAUCCUCAAAUGAAUUAA